GCGGAAACGACGCCUGCGCAGUGAGACCGGGAUGGCGUAUUUUCUUGCACCGAGUAAUGCGGCGUCGCUGGCGGCUGAGGAGGGCGGAGAGUUCGGUGGUGAAGUAGGGGGAGGGAUUCAUGUAGGCGUCAGAAGGAGCCUCGCUCUCAACGGCAGAGUAGGAAGUUGAUGCUGGGUGUUGCUACUCCCCGAACCGGCGGCGUAUAAGACAAUGGAAAAGACUCAAGAAACAGUUCAAAGAAUUCUUCUAGAACCCUAUAAGUAUUUGCUUCAGUUACCAGGUAAACAAGUGAGAACCAAACUGUCACAGGCAUUUAAUCAUUGGCUGAAAGUUCCAGAAGACAAACUAAAGAUUAUCAUCGAAGUGACAGAAAUGUUACAUAAUGCCAGUUUGCUCAUCGAUGAUAUCGAAGACAACUCAAAACUCCGACGUGGCUUCCCAGUGGCACACAGCAUCUAUGGAAUUCCAUCUGUCAUCAAUUCUGCCAAUUAUGUGUAUUUCCUCGGCUUAGAGAAAGUCUUAACCCUUGAUCACCCUGAUGCAGUGACACUUUUUACCCGCCAGCUCUUGGAACUGCAUCAGGGACAAGGCCUAGAUAUUUACUGGAGGGAUAGUUACAGAUGUCCCACAGAAGAAGAAUAUAAAGCCAUGGUACUGCAGAAGACAGGUGGCCUGUUUGGAUUGGCCGUGGGUCUCAUGCAGUUGUUCUCUGAUUACAAAGAAGAUUUAAAGCCACUGCUGAAUACACUUGGGCUCUUUUUCCAGAUUAGAGAUGAUUAUGCUAAUCUACACUCCAAAGAAUAUAGUGAAAACAAAAGUUUUUGUGAAGAUCUAACAGAAGGAAAGUUCUCAUUCCCGACUAUUCAUGCUAUUUGGUCAAGGCCUGAGAGCACUCAGGUGCAGAAUAUCCUGCGCCAGAGAACAGAAAACAUAGAUAUUAAAAAAUACUGUGUGCAUUAUCUUGAGGAUGUAGGUUCGUUUGAAUACACGCGGAAUACGCUUAAAGAGCUUGAAUCUGAAGCUUACAAACAGAUCGAUGCCUGUGGUGGGAACCCUGCGCUCGUAGGUCUAAUACAGCACCUAAGCAAAAUGUACAAAGAAGAAAAUAAACCAUUAUUGAUGGGAUCUGAUAGCUGAUUUUAGUUAGUUUUUAAAUUUUUUCUUUCAGCCUUAUCACCCUUUUACAAAUUCAGACCAAGCUGUUAAUUUCCCAAAGCAAGAUGAGGGAAAUGUUCAAUUUCAACCCCACUUGUACAUAUAAUCGCAAUACAAAAUUGAAAGAAUCCAGAGCCAUGUUUGUAUAGGUCUCAUGUGAGUUGCCGUGACAGGACGUUGUGACCAUUUCUGCUCUGCUACCAUAAAUGUCUGCUUACUCUAUCAAAAUAAUAAUAAUAAUAAGACUUCAGUUUCUAGGAAUUUUGAUACGGGUGAUUCUUAGCUGUACUGUAUUGACAAUUCCCAGUUCCUCUGCUCCGGCUCCAAGCCUGUGACUACUUGAAACUGGUUUAUUAAGGUACAACUCAGACCAUAAACCCCCCUUUUUUCACCUAAAUGCUGCUGCUAAGAAUAUUUCAGUAUCCUUCCUAGAAGCUGUCUUCUAUGAAAACGCUGAUAGUGAUUAAACAGUAAGUACACUGAUUCUUUCUCUUCCUUCUUUUUAUCUUCCUCUCCUCACCUCCGAAGUCUGCUAGUAAAUCAAGGUGUCUUCAGUUUGUGUAAUUUACUCAUUCUCCCCUCCCCCACACCUUAUAAUAUAAUUUGUGUUGUUCCAAACUGAUUGAUUAGUAAUUGGGAGCAUCGUUCUCUUUCUGUUGGGAAGGAAAUAGUGUGUGCAAAAAGACUUUUAGACAAAAGCCUUUGAAAAACCCCAUCGCUGGGAGUGAGCAUCUUUGAAGGGUUAGUUUGCUUUCCUCCAGUAGAAGGCUGGGACAGGUACCCCUUGACUUCCCACACAUUGCUGC